CCCAUGAUUCUCAACAGUAUCAGGAAAAAAACAAAGGCUGAAAAUGGGGAAGGAGAAACAGUACUGGCUUUUGAAGACGGAGCCUGGAGAGUGGUCAUGGGAUCACCAAGCAUCGAACGGUGGCCUAACCAAGUGGGACGGUGUCAAAAACAAGCAGGCUCAGAAGCACCUCAAGUCCAUGAAACAAGGCGACCUUUGCUUCUUCUACCACUCCGGAGCCAAAGCCCGCCGAGUCGUCGGCGUCGUCAAGGUCAGCCGUGAGUGGUACUCGGAGAAGGAGGAAGAAGACAACGUCGUUGUGGACGUGGAGGCCGUUGGGGAGAUGAGGAGGCUGGUUGACUUGAGUGAGAUGAAAAGAGACCCUGCUCUUGCUGGCUUUACUCUGUUUAGACAGCCCAGAUUGUCGGUUGUGCCAGUUUCCAUGGAUGUGUGGGAGAAGGUCUGUGAAUUGGGUGGUGGGUUUGAAGGAGAUGGUAAAGAUAUCGAUAAUGGCGGUAGUGGUGAUGAUAAUGAAGAAGAGCAGUGUUGAGAAUUUUGGAUGCAUAGAAGGUGUUUGUAAUUUUGUCUAGCUCAAGAAGCAAGUGUAAAUUUUUGGGUUAAUGUUAAUCCUUGGUUUAUUUUAGUUUGCUUAUGUUUUGUUUUAUUUUUGGAGUAUUGGCUUAUACAAAAAUAUGAGAAAAUAUAUAGAGAAAUCAGUGAAAAAACAUUCUAAAUUUUGUGAUUCAAAAUUUCAAAUAUUACCAUUGUUUUGGACCCUUAUCUUUGAGGACUAAAUUUGUUUCACUUUUAUUAUUCAUAUCGAUUAAUAUUGUAUCCUUUUUUGGGUGGUGUUGCCCAUUUAGUUAUGGGUACUGGGUGUCAUUAUUUGAGUGUAAUAUCUUUGAAAAGGCGAUUCAUUAGCCAAUGUUACACAGGCUGUAACAUUUUUCUCAACCUUUUUAUCAAUAAAAGACUUCGAACAAUGUGAUUGGAAAUGAAUCAAGUAAAAACUAAAAAGAAUAAUAAUUAAAAAAAAAAAAAGGUUGAAAACUUGAAAUCAAACAC